AUGGUCAAGAGGCAGGCGGAAGAGUCACUUGAAGAUGUACUGACUGCUGACUCUCCCGCGUCGAAGAAAGCUCGAGUCGACGACCUUCCAUACCUCCAUCGACAGACCAAUGGCUCGAGUCAUGUACUAGGGAGAUCCGUACUCGUGGAUGGAGAGGUACGCGAAGAGGAUGAGAGAAACGGCGACGAUGUCUUGGCGGCAGCGGAUCAGGAAGAGGAGGAGCUAGAAGAGGCAGCAGGCGAGCCUGUCGAUCAAGACGAGAAGUCGGCAUAUUCAGUAACAUCACGGCAGCAAGCCCCAACCGAGGGCUAUUCCGACCUCUAUCUGGACACCAUAAAUCGGUCGGUACUGGAUUUUGACUUCGAGAAGCUCUGUUCAAUCACUCUAUCGAACAUCAACGUCUACGCGUGCUUGGUGUGUGGAAAGUAUUAUCAAGGACGAGGCCCGAAGUCGCAUGCCUACUUUCAUGCUUUGGAGGUGGGUCACCAUGUUUACGUCAAUAUGCAAACGAAAAGGGUUUAUGUGUUGCCAGAAGGUUAUGAGGUGAAGAGCAAGAGUUUGGAUGACAUCAAAUUUGUGGUGGAUCCUCAGCUCGCAAGGGAAGAAAUCGUGCAAUUGGACAGGGAGGCAAAGGACGCGUGGGAUUUGGGUGGGAAGAAGUAUAGACCAGGCUUCGUAGGAAUGAACAACAUCAAAGAAAACGACUACUUCAACGUCAUCAUACAAGCCUUAGCGCACAUCCCUCCCUUACGAAACUUCAUCAUGCUCGAAGACCUAUCCCAAAGAUCUGAGCUCGUCCAACGGUUCUCGGUCCUCGUCCGCAAAAUAUGGAAUACGCGCGCCUUCAAAACCCACGUCUCCCCUCACGAGCUUCUCCAGCAAAUCUCCCGACAAUCUAACAAACGCUUCGACCUCCUUCACCAAUCCGAUCCCGUCGACUUUCUCAGUUGGUUUUUGAACAAUAUGCACCUCGCCCUCGGGGGCAGCAAAACGAAACCCGGAACUAGCAUUAUUCAACGGGUUUUCCAAGGAAAGCUGAAAAUUGAAUCGCAGCAGAUCACCGCCAAAGCGGAUGCUGGUGACCGUCUUCGCUUCGAAGAGGCUGCAGAAGUUCUGGUGGACACUACACCUUACUUGAUGCUAACCCUUGACUUGCCGGCGGCGCCGCUCUUCCAGGACGAAUUGGAGAAGAACAUCAUACCGCAGGUGCCACUAACCUCUAUCUUAUCGAAGUACGAUGGAUUGAAAUCCCAAGAACAUCUCAACACGCGGAAACGAUACCGACUGUUACAUCCAUUACCACCUUACCUCCUCUUCCACAUCAAACGGUUCUCCAAAAACAAAUUCGUCGUGGAACAUAAUCCAACAAUCGUCACUUUCCCCACCAGGUCCCUCGACAUGUCACCAUACGUGGAACCGAACCCUUCAUUGCAUUCACCCGGCGAGCCGAUAUGGUAUGAUCUUGUGGCCAACGUGACGCACGAAGCCGUGAGGACGCGGGAUGAUAGUGUAGAGGGAGAGGCGGAAAGGAAGGUCUGGAGGGUACAGGUCCGCGAUCGAGCGCGGGAUGAAUGGUUGGAAAUACAGGAUCUGUACGUUGAGAGGGUCGUUACCGAGACGUUGUUUACGAAGGAGAGUGUGUUGAUGGUGUGGGAGAGGCGGAAAGAGGGGAAGGGGAAGGAGAAAUGA